CAGAGUCCAACAAAAACAUCAUAAUUCGUUUGUUAAUGUCACUAUUAACCCAAAACUCUUUUUCAACUCGCACAAAUCCUGACAAAAAUUGUCCGCACUUUUUAUUAUCCAAACUAAAAGAUAAAUUAGGUUAGUUUCAUUUAAAAUUAUGUCGUGUUUCGGUAGUCAAGAAAAACAAAUUUAUCUUGUCGAAGUAUUGAUCGAUAAAGUACAAUUGACAUUAGAUAAAAUUAAAGAAAUUGGUGAACAAUCUGUCACGAUUAAAGUCAAACUACUUGAUUUGCCAAUAUUUGAAAUCACACGUGAGGAUUUUGAAUCAAUCAAAAUUCCUCCUAUAAGAGAAAAUGGGAUUAUUAAAUUUUCCAUUGGUAGAAGUUGUUUAUUUAUCAGAAGACCUAAAGAACUCGUUGAAGAAUUACGAACUGCCAAUGUUGCAAUCGGUGUAUUUUGUAUUGGUGACACUUAUCCUUUGGCAGAAACCACCGUAAAAUUGUCUGGUUGUUUAUGCGACCAAGUAUCAAUGUCAACUAACGAUCCUGAAAAUAUGCCUAAACCAUUCUCGAUAAACGGUGGUUUUCAUUUACAAGAUCCUGGUGAAAAUCCAUCGGGAAUGUUGGAUAUGAAUUUGAAAAUCACUUGUUUAGGACGAUUCAUAACUACGAAAUAUGAACUAAGACCUAACUUUUUUGUUUUUAAAAAACAAGACGAUAUGAGAGAAUUUUGCGUAGAACGAAACAUACCACCACACGUUUGUGAAAAUUUAAUCAAAGCUAAUUAUCCUUUACCUGAAUCUAUACAUGAAAAAUUAAUCUCCAAACCUGAGGUCAAAGUUUCCGAUCAGCAAAAGAAAAAGAAAAAGGGAAGUAAAAAAAGAAAGAAAAGAAACAAUGACCGAUUAAGAGGAGGAGGUGGAGGUGGAGGAAGUGGAGAUGAUUAUUAUCCUGGUACAAGUACGCCUAUCGACAUUGACGAUAACAUCGAGUUCACUUGGUACGGUAAUAAAAUUAUCAAAGAAAAUAAUCGUUUGGAAGGUGGAGGAUAUGAAUAUGAAUUACCAGGUUGCGUGUGUUCCGGUUCACCGAGUCUUUACAAGAAACCAGAAGAAUCGUCUAAGCAAACUUCAUCAUGUAAAUCUGGUAUGGUUCAUUUAAAAUCAGCAAAACCUGGUUGUACUUGCGCGGGAAAAGAUUUACCACCUGUUUGGAAUAAAGGUGGUAAAGAGUGUGACAAAAAACCAUGUACAGGAAUCGAUUGUUUGUUACGUGCAUUCAAAGAAGCUCAAGAAUUUGUUGAUUCUUUGGGUAAAGUACCUGGUCUCGAAGGAUUGGGUUUGAUGGAUCCUUCAGAAAGUCCUUUCUUUGGUAGAGAUAUUAGUAAGGAUUAUGAAACUGAUGAAACACAAUUAGAAAAGAGAGCAAAACUUAUUGCCUCGCAAAUUCCAUCACCGAAUCCUCAAUGCACAGCACCUUGCAAUCCACGUUUUGUAACGAAUAGAUUUGAUACUAAGACAGAUAAUAUUUCUAUGGCUUAUACUACACCAACCCCAUUAACGAUAGCUGUACCAGGUCGUACAGGAAUCGUACGAGAAGCUGUACCAACGAUACAUGAUAAUGGUUCUACCAUAACUUAUAGUAAACCUAAAAAGAAAGAAGAGAAAAGGGAAGAUAAGACUGACAAGUCUAAAGAAACCGAUCCUACACCACCCGCACCAUUGGAAAUUGAUUUGGGUCCUUGCGGUGAACCUAAAUGUAAAUCGAGACUUAAAAAGAAUACGAGUAAAAUUGAAUCCGUCGAUAAUAUUGAACAUUCUACUAAAAAAUCAACGACCCAGAUAAAAUCUGUCAAUGCUAUCAGUGUUACAACACCUUUGACAGGUAGUAAAGCAAGUGACAAAGGAAAACAUCACAAAUCGAAGGCCAAUUUUGUAGGAGCAUCUGGUGAUAGGAAUAUUAAAACACCAAUAAAAGUUAGCAAACGUAUUAUGCGUUAUGUUUAUUCGAUCGGUGAUGUUUAUCCUGGUGUACAUUAUGGUCAUAAAAAUUGUAUAGAUGUUCGUAUGAGAGUACCAGCCAAUAUGGGUUGGUUAUGGAAUACCAGUAGUACUCUUUACAAUUUAAAACCACGAAUUGGUUGGAAACCUGGUGCAAUAGGAAAAUAUUUGAGCGAAUUACUCACAGAAGCUAAAGCUGGAUCUAUCGUAGGUGAAAGUAGACCAAGAUCUGUACCAUCUCGUACCAGAAGAACUAAAGCUUACAGAAGUAUGAGUUUUACGUCGGUAAAAAAAUUACAAGCAAAGAAAGAAAACGAUGAAGAAGCAGAGUUACCACCAACAUUGCACAUUCAUAGAAAAGAUGGUACAUAUUACGUUACGAUGUAUCCAAUAAAACAAGAAACAAUGGAUGUACCAAAAUUAGAAGAACCGAUGAAACCUUUGCAAUUUAAAAUUGUUAAAAAUAAAGAUGACGAAUCAGUGGCAUCGAGUUCUACUGCGUCAGACAUGGAAAUUGAAUUUUCACCUCCUGCUGCUGUUAACAGAUAUCGAAAAAAGCCUGAUGUUGUCCACGUUGAAACUCAAGUUAAACAACAAGAGAUACUCGAUGCCCUCAAAAUUACGGAUACCUCGAAAAAAGAUAAGAAAAAUAAGAAAGAA